AUGGGAUCCAAAAGAAUCAAGCCGGUCUCUUCGAAGGCUGCAUUGCCAUUCAAAACCGCCAACAAGUUCAAGAGGCAAGAUCUGCAUGUCAAGCAAAAAAAGGCCCGCGACAGCCUUCGACGAGAUGAGCGCUUCAAACGGAAACGGGAAGAGGAUAAAGAUCCAGAACUGAGGAGGGCGCGAUUAGCAAAAAAUGAACCGCAUUCGAUAGACAAGAAACGUGUCUGGGAUGAGGUGGAUGGCGACGGGCUCAAUGUCAGCGUCGAUGUGGAACAACUGAAGCGUCGACGGAUAGAGGAAGCGGAAGCUGCAGAGCAAGAGCCUUUAGAAGAUGGCGAAGAAUCCCAGGAGGAGGAUCUAGACAGCAUGUUGGAUUCAGAUUCAGAAAACGGGACAGACGAGGAGGUGGACGGAGAUAUAGAGCACUCAAAGUCGUCUCGACAAAGGCAACGAGCAGCUUCAAAUGCACCCUCUCUUGCGCCUUCUACAACUAGCACCAACCUCGACCUUACGCCCUCAUCCCUCGCCCUCAAAUUCCCUACCCUCUUCUCCGACGAGCCUCUUCCAGUUCCCAAAGUCCUCCUCACAACCUCUAUCAAUUCCACACUCCACCACGAAGCAGGACUCCUCUGUACCCUCUUUCCACACAGCACUUACAUCCCACGCUCCGCCCAUCGCUACGGACACAAAUACUCUCUCCGCGAGAUCUCUAAAUUUGCAGCAAACCGCAACUAUACUUGUGUAGUACUUCUGAAGGAAGAUGCUAAAAAGCCGGUCGGUCUCACGAUCGUGCAUCUUCCCUCGGGGCCAACCUGCCAUUUCUCCAUCGCCAACUGGGUAGAAGGCAAGAAACUGCCGGGACAUGGAAACCCCACGAACCAUUACCCAGAACUGAUAUUGAACAACUUUCGCACACCUCUCGGUUUAUUAACAGCCAGAUUGUUCUUAACACUCUUCCCACCGCAGCCAGAAUUACAGGGUAGACAGGUUGUUACUUUGCACAAUCAGCGUGAUUAUAUCUUCGUGCGAAGACAUCGAUAUGUAUUUCGGGAUAAGCGAGAGACAGAGAAAAGCGUGGUUGGGACUGAUGGGAAAGCCAUGGAGGGAGUUGAAGGUAUCCGAGCCGGGUUACAAGAGCUAGGACCGAGGUUUACUUUAAAGUUAAGAAGAGUAGACAAAGGGAUCGGUAGGGCAGGAAGUGAAGGCGAUGAUGCCGUGCAAUGGCAGUGGAAGGCGCAUAUGGAGAAACAGCGCACAAGAUUCAAUCUCUAG